UCCUGUACACUAAGAGCUGAUUUUUCACAGAGGCAAGAAACAUCCUGUAUGAGAUAUAAGAUUAUUCUAACAAGCACAUUUAUUUAUUUAUUAUAUUAGCAUUUUAAAGUUGAACAGACAUAUGUAUACAAACCAAUAUGCUUACAUGCAUAAAAAACAAACAAAAAAACAAGAAACUAAAUACAAACUUUAAGCAGCAUAUUGAAUGUAUCUUAAAAUAUAUCUGGAGGGGAUCUUUGGGCAAAGUGCCUCAUUAAGUUAAAUAUUAAUACAAUUGUAAAGUGUAUUUUUUGUUUUGUUGAAAAAUCUUUUUUACAUUUGAUUUGAUGUGUGUGCUUGCAAUAUUUAGGUUUUUUGGGUUCCGUUUUAGUUAAAUGAUGACUAAUGGGUUAAAAUCGAUUUUUUUUUCUCCCUCUCUCUCCCCAGCAUGUUUUUCUCCUCUGCAUCCCUGCUGUGCUGAACACUCAGCCUCUGUGCAGUGAGUGUGUCACCGGGGGUGUGGACGCGCAGAGGGGGUGGAUUACGUGUUAAUACGUUUCUGCAGCCAUAAAGAGCCCGCUGUACCUGUCGUGUGCUCAGGUCGAUCUGGUUGCCGGUAUUGUUUCAGUCUUUUCCGUCGGUCUAGCUGAGUGCCGGAGGACCCUUCUGAUUGGCUGCACGGGGAAAACGAGCUCUUUCAGCCCACCCACCGCUGAUUAUAGGGACUCUUGUCUCCUUUUCCUUCCUUGCAGUGAGUCUGGGACCUGGCCCCGGGGCUGAACAGCACACGGAGAGCGCGCAUCAUGGCAGCUACCCACAACGAGUACAGAGGCUACCUGCGGAACACCGUCGACAUCGAGACAGGGCAGCACCGCUUCCAUCCGGUUCAGAGCUCGGAGCCCACUUACCGGCCGCUCCUAUUCGGGACCCUGGCUGUUAUGGGAUUGCUUCAGGUGGCUUCCAGCGUGGCGAUCUUGUUACACCUGACAGGUUAUCUGCAAGAGGUAGAUUUGUCCACAGCCCCACAUCGGCCUAUUGAGGAGGUGCAAACAGAGCCCGUGCUGAAUGCACUGAGGGACACAAGGAAACGAGGAGGACGGUGCAAAACUCAAAGAGAUAUCCUGCCAUCUGCUCAUCUACCAAUCAAAAGGCAUCAGGAGUACUCCAAGAAGGGUGAGGAGAGGGCCAUCACCAUUGACUGGGAGGAGACACAUGGAUACCACCACAGAAUGGACUACCAGAAGGGCAAACUGCUGGUGAUGGAGUCGGGUUUCUACUAUGUUUACGCCAAGACCUGCUUCCGCUACUACAAUUAUCCACCAGAGGACAGCAGUCAGGCCAGGAGCCCGCAGGUGGAUGUUAGCAACACCCAGCUCAUCCAGUAUGUCUACCACGAGAGCAUCAAACAGAACGGCAAAGCUUUAUUGCUGAUGAAGACGGGCAGCACCAUGCGCUGGAACGACACAAGCUAUAACAUGUACUGUGCCCAGCAGGGCCGAGGAGUCCAGCUGGAAGAGGGAGAUGCCUUGUAUGUCAACGUGUCCAAUGCUUGGAUGUUGGACCUGCAUGGAGAAGGGACGUAUUUUGGGGCCGUAAAGUUGGGUAACUGAAAUUUAAACACAUGGGGAGCGGACAUGCUACUGAACAUUUGAUAUGCCAAAGAACCACUGUUAGUGAUUUACAAUGUUGGUUUGUCAAAAGUGUGUUUUUGUUUUUUUGUACAUGUGUUAUUGUUUUUUAUUCUUCACCAAAUAGCCUUGGAGUCCUUUAUGAGAAAAAGUCAUUGAAAAGGAAGUCACCUUUUAAAAACCUGCCAACCCACCCCCCAAACAAAGAGACACAUAACUCUCAACUUCAUCCAAAAUAGCACUGGACUUUUUUUUUUUCCCCCUACUUUUUUACAGUACUGCGGUUUGUGUUGAGAAAUUUCAAUACAUUUCAGUUGAGAUUACAACAUGUGUUUGUGCACUAAUUAAACAAACCACAAGGGAGCAACUAAGGAAGUUAGUUUGUUGGCAAGAAGUGCAGUGAGAAAAGAUUUAUCAAUGUUUAUUGUUGUAAAAAAUGUCCAAAAAGAACACUGUAGCUGAUGGAGCAUCUGCUUGUACUUAGCGGAUUAUCACAGGAUAAAAAUAACAAGACUUCCAGGCCUGUCUCUGACCCAUGGCAGUGAAUGCACAAAUGUUUUCCUGGAAGGUUUUGUAAGUGUGAACAAGGCAGGCAAUGAGGCAUCCUCACAGUAAGUAACUCAACUGUAUAAUUUGAAAUAAGCAGUUAGAUGGUGAUUUAUGACAGCCUUAAAACCUCUAAAGCACCCUUGAAACAUAAUGCCAUGAAAGAUUCACUUUGACUCUGACAUUGAUUUUUGGUUUUUUUUAAGCAACAAAAUCACUUGUGUGUGUGUGUGCUCCAAAAACUCAUUUGUUAUCCAGUUUUCUGUCUCUAAUGAAAUCUAAUGAGUGGCCUGCUUUAUUGAAGGCAAUUACACGACAAUGUCAUUUGAAACUAAGGAGGAAAUGACAUCUGUUUAUGUUUAUGACAAUCAACAAGCAAUGCAGAUAGCUGGACUGUCUGAUCAUAAGUGACAUGAAUAGACUCUUGUCUGCUUUAACUAGAGGAACCAAAUUGAGUUUGGUUCAUCUUUAACUUAAAUUCUGUUUUUCAUUUGACUCUUCAGUGAGGUAAAUGGGAAUAUGCACUAAAUAUUUAUUUAUUAGCUACAGAAGUACAGAGACAGGUCAUUGUUAAAGUGUCCUUUCAGCUGUAAAAAUCAUUUAUAUUUUAUGUCUGUAUGACAUUCAUUACGCAGCACUUAGAGGAAAUAGUAGACACGCUUUUUCUUAUUAAAACACAGGGGCUUCAUUUUAAAUUCCAUAUUUAUGUAUCUUGAUUUUGACAAUUCUGUGUGCACUUGCCUAGCCAAAAGCAAUAUGGAUAUAUUGUUUCUCCUACAAGAUUGUAGCAUACCUGUAAGAUCUUCAUCUGAUUUCAUUUGAUAGAUUUUUUUCCAUUCAGUGUUCUUUUUAUUUAUGUUUGUGUAUGUUUUUAAUAAAAAAAGUACUUUUGUAACAGUG